AUGGCAGGCACGCGUUUCGCCUAUGUCCGAAACUUCGAGCUCCCCGACCCCUGCAUCCCCUCAACAUAUCUAAUCGUCCGCAUCGACGGAAAAGGCUUCCACAAAUUCUCCGCCCUCCACUCCUUCCUCAAACCCAACGACCCCGUUGCGCUCGAGCUAAUGAAUGAAUCAGCACGUCAUGUUAUGCGUUCUUUAAAAGGUCACAUUUCUCUCGCAUUCGGCGAAAGUGACGAGUAUUCUUUCCUCCUCCGCAAGAGCACCACACUUUAUAACAGGAGGAUAUCUAAGAUCACUACUCACAUAGUAUCCUUAUUUACAAGUGCGUAUGUUUGGAACUGGGCGAGGUAUUUUCCAGAGAAACGGUUGGAGCAGCCACCGAGUUUCGAUGGAAGGUUGGUUGUGUAUCCGAGUGAAGGGGUUGUGAGGGAUUAUUUCAGUUGGAGACAAGCUGAUACGCAUAUUAAUAGUCUGUACAAUACUACUUUUUGGGCGUUGGUGUUGAAGGGAGGAAGGACAGAACAGGAGGCUACGAAAGAGCUCGAACGGACGGUGUCGGCUGAUAAACACGAGAUAUUAUACCAAAGAUUCGGGAUUAAUUACGACCAGUUGGAGCCGAUGUUCAGAAAGGGGACUACGCUGAUUUACACUCCUGCACCGACAACUACAUCGCAGCAAGGGAUCGAGGAGGAAGGAGAGGAAGAGGAGAAGGGAGAGAAAGGGGUUCUGUCGAAUCCAAAAGACGAGAAAACAAGACUCAGGAUAGAACUUAAGAAAGGGGCAAGAGAGGCCAAAAGCCAAGAGAAGAAGGAAAAGAAAGCCAAAGCUUCGGUGUUGAGGACGCUGCAUUGCGACUUGAUCGGGGACGACUUUUGGAACCCUGCUCUCAUCUCCGCACUAGCAAUGGAAGAGGAGACAAUACCUACAGCAGAAGGUGAGGGAGGGAUAGGCGAGCCAUGGAACAAUCCAGCACGAUUCAACGGCGCAGGAAUGGGCGUUUCUGUUUUCUUAGCUUAA